AUGAAUAUUGCUAGUUCAACUUUAUUAAAAAAUUUAGGACAAGUUCUUCCUUAUAAAUUAGAACAUUUAUGUUUGAUUCUUCUAUUUAAUAUAAAUGAUUUGAUAAUAUUUUUAAAAAAUUCACAAAAUACUUUUAUAGAGAAAUUAUUAAUUGGAAAUAUAAUAAAUAUAAUUCAAAAUGGUAAAAGUGAAAAUAUUUCAUAUUAUGUAAAAGAAUAUAUCAUGAAAAAAGAAAGGGUUAGAUAUUUGGCUUUUUUAGAGACAGAUCAUAAAAAUUAUGAAGAAGAUGAUGAUGAAGUUCAAAAAUAUGAUGAUUUAGGUAUGACUGCAUAUAAUUUUGUAAAGUAA